AUGGCUUCUCCAUCCUCUACAGCAUCCACACCUGCUUGUAAACGUCUUGUUCUAGAUGCAGGACCAUUACUCUCUCUUUCUCCGCUCCGAGGCCUGGCAGAAACAUACGUAACCGUACCUCAAGUUCUCGCUGAAUUAAAGGACAAACGAGCCAGAGAACACUUUGAAAAGCUCGCCCUUGUUACUGGUGUCAAAGUUGAGAUCCAAGCUCCAGAUGCUGCCUCUCUGAGCCAUGUUAUUCAGUUUGCGAAGAAGACAGGAGAUUACUCUGUUCUUUCACAAGCCGAUCUGAGCAUAAUUGCGUUGGCUUACGCUCUUGAUGUGCAAGACAAAAAGGCGAAAGAGGCCGCUGAGCCUUCCGGAUCGUCGGAGAGCGUUCCUGCCGCUACUUCAGAAGGAGACAAAGAGAAGGUCGAAGAGAACACAAGCACGGUCCCUGUAGACGCAGAACUCGCACAAGAGACGCCAGACGAGGGAUCUCCGGUGGCUGAAGAGGAUCCUGUGGUCGAAGGUGAGGUGGACGAAGAGGUACAAGACCAGACCGAAGAUAAUGAAGAUCAAGAGCCAUUAAACGUCGAGCUUCAUCCACUCAAAGACGAUUCUGCCCCUGAACCUUCUUCCUCCUCAUCAAGAACUCCAUCACCGCCGCUAAAUCCUCCUCUUCCUCCCUCGUCCCAACGCGAUGCAGACGACUCUACCUUAUACGACGAUCCAUCGGAGUCAGACGACGGCGAAGGAGAAUGGAUAACCCCUUCAAAUGUAGCCGUUCACAAGUCUCGUGCUAUGGGUCUUACGCCGUCCGCUUCUGGCAAAGGAAAGGCUAAAGCGAGGGAGACGAUUGCUGUGGGAUGUAUGACCGCCGAUUUUGCGAUGCAGAAUGUACUGUUGCAGAUGGGUCUGAGUCUCGUCGGUCUAGAGGGAAAGAGGAUAGACAGGGUGAAGACAUGGGUCUUGAGGUGUCAUGCCUGUUUCAAAAUUUGCAAGGAUUCAUCGAAAAAGUUCUGUCCUUCAUGCGGAAAUCCAACACUCUUGCGCGCCUCCGUCACCAUUUCUUCUCCCACUGCCGGCUCAAACACCCCCGCCCUUCAAGUCCACCUCAAGCCGAACUUCUACUACAAAACGCGAGGCACAAAAUAUUCUAUCCCUGCUCCGAAAUCCGGUUCUGCAAAGACAGGAAGCGGAGAGGGCCUGAUCUUACGGGAGGACCAGACGGAGUAUAUGAGGGCGAGCAAGCAGGCAGAGACGAAGCGGGAGCGAGAGGAGAAGAAGAUGUUGAAUGCCGCGUUGACGCGGGGUGGCCAGGGAGGGAUGGGCCUCGGGAACUGGACAGAUCCGGAUUGGAUACCGGAGAUUAUGGCGAGUGGGACGAGUGGAAAGGGGAGGAGAAAUCCGAAGGGCAGUAAGGAUGAUGUGCCUACCAUCGGGUAUGGACGCAAAAAUCCCAACGAGCGCAAGCGACACAAGUGA